AUGGGGUUUGCGAAAAAGAUACAUUUGACAUUUUGCUACAGAUAUUUAGGAGUGUUAAUUUGUUUGGCGUGCGGUGCUGCGAUUUUCAGAGAAGUAGAAUGGCACAAGGUUGAGCGGGAUCCAGCAACGCAAUAUAUUGCAAAAACAAACUUGAACAUUGAGUUGGAAAAGUUGCAUCAGACCCUUUCAGAAUCACUGAAUAUGACUAUUGAUCUGCAGUUGUUCCAUAAUAUCACAAAGAGGAUUACUAAUGAACAGGCAACAGUGGGAAAAAAACGACUGUGGACGUGGCAGCAAGGCGUGCAUUUUGCAUUCACAAUUAUGAGUACCAUAGGUUACGGAGAUAUUGCUCCAAAAACAAACCUCGGCAAAGCUUUAUGCAUAUUGUAUGGCGUAAUAACGAUACCGCUCUACCUUCUAGCACUUUCGGCAGCUGGAGAUAUGAAGCGGUUCCACAUAGAGAAACUGCUUAUGUUAGUUGAGAGGCGGUUGCUGAAGCGCACGACAAUUCGUAGAAAAAAAGUGAAGAUUAUUGGAAUAACAAUUUUCUUUUUCAUUGUUGAAAUGCUUAUAGCCACUGGAGCUGCCCGAGAAACUCAAGGUUGGGGCAUUUACGACUGUUUUUACUUCUGGUUUAUCAGCACUAGCAGCAUUGGCUUCGGAGAUUACGUUCCUUCUUAUAGAAGCUUUCCAGCAACAUUUCUGUUCUUUCUCUUCUUCACAUUGGUGAUGCAGAGUGGCCUGGCAACGAUCUUUAGCACGCUGACCGAGAUAUCAAACAAACCUAGCGCGAUCACUGAUUCAAAAGAGUAA